CCGCAUUGCCGUAGUGCGGGGGGGUCGCUGCAUUGCGCUGUCGCCGUCAAUAGGUGGGCCCCUCCCGGGGAGAUAAAGCCGCCGGAGCCCAAGCUGGCAGCCUCUGCCGCCCCGACUGCCGCUCCGCUUCCCCCGAAAGGCAGCUGCGUGCCCACAGCCCUCCCCAGCGCCGCCGCCGCCCGCCCCAGCCCGCCCCGCCGAGCCCAGCAGCAUGGGGAAGGAGAAGACACACAUCAACAUCGUCGUCAUCGGCCAUGUGGACUCUGGGAAAUCCACCACCACCGGGCACCUCAUCUACAAAUGCGGGGGCAUUGACAAAAGGACCAUUGAGAAAUUCGAGAAGGAGGCUGCUGAGAUGGGGAAGGGAUCCUUCAAAUAUGCCUGGGUGCUGGACAAGCUGAAAGCCGAGCGUGAGCGUGGCAUCACCAUUGACAUCUCCCUGUGGAAGUUUGAGACCACCAAGUACUACAUCACCAUCAUUGAUGCACCUGGCCACAGGGACUUCAUCAAGAACAUGAUCACUGGAACCUCCCAGGCUGACUGUGCCGUGCUGAUCGUUGCCGCUGGCGUGGGUGAAUUUGAAGCUGGCAUCUCCAAGAACGGGCAGACUCGUGAGCAUGCCCUGCUGGCUUACACCCUGGGGGUCAAGCAGCUCAUUGUGGGCAUCAACAAGAUGGAUUCCACAGAGCCCCCCUACAGUGAGAAGCGCUACGAUGAGAUUGUGAAGGAGGUCAGCGCCUACAUCAAGAAGAUCGGCUACAACCCAGCCACAGUUCCCUUCGUGCCCAUCUCGGGCUGGCAUGGAGACAACAUGCUGGAGCCCUCUCCCAAUAUGCCUUGGUUCAAAGGCUGGAAGGUGGAGCGCAAGGAAGGCAACGCCAGCGGAGUGUCCCUCCUGGAGGCCCUGGACACCAUCCUGCCCCCGACCCGCCCCACAGACAAGCCCCUGCGCCUGCCCCUCCAGGAUGUCUACAAGAUUGGAGGGAUCGGCACAGUCCCCGUGGGCCGGGUGGAGACUGGCAUCCUGCGGCCCGGCAUGGUGGUCACCUUUGCACCUGUGAACAUCACCACCGAGGUGAAGUCUGUGGAGAUGCACCACGAAGCCCUGAGCGAGGCUCUGCCCGGGGACAACGUCGGCUUCAACGUGAAGAACGUCUCGGUGAAGGACAUCCGCCGCGGGAACGUCUGCGGGGACAGCAAGUCCGACCCGCCCCAGGAGGCAGCGCAGUUCACCUCGCAGGUGAUCAUCCUGAACCACCCUGGCCAGAUCAGUGCUGGGUACUCCCCUGUCAUCGACUGCCACACCGCACACAUCGCCUGCAAAUUCGCCGAGCUGAAGGAGAAGAUCGAUCGGCGCUCGGGCAAGAAGCUGGAGGACAACCCCAAGUCUCUCAAAUCAGGAGAUGCAGCCAUUGUGGAGAUGAUCCCUGGCAAGCCAAUGUGUGUGGAGAGCUUCUCCCAGUACCCACCUCUUGGCCGCUUCGCUGUCCGUGACAUGCGGCAGACCGUGGCCGUGGGAGUCAUCAAGAACGUGGAGAAGAAGAGCGGUGGGGCUGGGAAAGUCACCAAGUCUGCCCAGAAGGCCCAGAAGGCUGGCAAAUGAAUCGUGGGCUCCCAGCGCGUCGCGCAGAAAGCGCCCCCGCCGGCGGGGCGCCGCCGCCACCCUCUCCCCCGGGCGCAUGUGUGCACAUCAGCUUGUAAGAGUUUAUAUGUCAACGACUGGAUGCUCACCAUUAAGGUCCAGUGGAAGUUCUUUAAAAGGAAAAGCAUGUUCCCAGCGUUUGUCAGGCUUCGUGUUAAUUUUACCAAUAAAACUGGUGCAACAUCCACA